AACAAAACUAAGAAUACAAAAUGACUGGAAGAGGUAAAGGUGGUAAAGGUUUAGGUAAGGGUGGUGCUAAGAGACACAAGAAGGUUCUCAGAGAUAACAUUGCCGGUAUUACCAAGCCAGCUAUUAGAAGAUUGGCAAGAAGAGGUGGUGUUAAGCGUAUUUCUGGACAAAUCUACGAUGAAACUCGUACUGUCUUGAAGAAUUUCUUGGAAAAUGUUAUCAGAGAUGCUGUUACCUACACUGAACACGCUAGAAGAAAGACUGUUACUUCAAUGGAUGUUGUUUAUGCCUUGAAGAGACAAGGAAGAACACUCUACGGUUUCGGAUAUUAAGUACAUUAGCUGUACUUGAUCUGUUAAUCAUCAAACGAUCUAACUUUUAAAAACCCUAGAUUUGUAAAUAUAUUCAUCAUCAAACAACAAUUAAAUUAUAAUUUAAAAA